CUGGCAAGUGAUAGGCUAGAUACGGCCGCACCUGAUCCCUCCACGCGGGAUUCUCCGCCAUCGGAACCGAAAACAAGACUGUUGUUAGACGAAAACGAGAAAGGAAAGUAGGAAAAGAAUUGACGAAAACGCUUUCUAGAGGGGAACAGAGAGCUUCUCUUUGUCUUCUAGAGAGAGAAAGUAGAAGGAGGAGGAAUCAACAACCUUUGUGUAGACCGACGACGCCGGCGGAGAGAGGGAUGAAGAUCACGGCGCUUUUGGUAUUGAAGUGCGAGUCGGAAUCGUCGGAUCCGGUCAUCUUAGCGAACGCCUCCGACGUCAGCCACUUCGGGUACUUCCAGAGGCCCAGCGUCAGGGAGUUCAUCGUCUUCGUCGGCCGGACCGUCGCCAGGCGCACGCCGUCCGGACAGCGUCAGUCCGUUCAGCAUGAAGAGUAUAAGGUCCAUGCGUACAACAGGAAUGGACUUUGUGCUGUGGGAUUCAUGGAUGAUCACUACCCCGUUCGUAGCUCAUUUUCCCUUCUCAAUCAGGUGAUCGAUGAGUAUCAAAAGAAUUUCGGCGAGUCGUGGAGGUCAGCACAGACAGAUAGCACCCAGACUUGGCAAUACUUGAAUGAAGCUUUGGUUAAGUUCCAGGAUCCUGCUGAGGCUGACAAGUUGUUGAGAAUUCAGAGGGAGUUGGAUGAGACUAAAAUUAUACUUCACAAAACAAUCGACAGUGUACUCGCCCGAGGUGAAAAACUGGAUAGUUUAGUUGAAAAAAGUUCAGAUCUCAGUGCUGCAUCUCAGAUGUUCUACAAGCAGGCCAAGAAAACCAAUUCAUGUUGUACCAUACUCUAAACAGAACAGCGCAGGCAGAAGACGUGAGAAUAUAUGAUGACGAUGACGACGACGAUGUAAUGGUUGAAGCUUCUGGAGGGGAGCAAAGUAUCAGUUUGAAGCUUGUGUUGAAGGAUUUGAUUGUAAUAUGUCGAUUGAUAAUGUCCAUCUUUAUAAAAAUUUGUUUCUGGUGUCGUGUGGGAAAAGCAGGAUCUGAGACCAUGUUGCUUUCGUUGUCUAUUUGUGUUAAUCGAUCACUCUCCUUUGUAGUUUUCUUUGUACUUCCAUGUAUGACAUUGUACAACAGACACUUGCCCCUCCUAUUGUCCCCUUAACACAACCCACGUUUCCACUUCGGGCUCUUCGAUAGACCGUACAAGUGACGUCAUUUUGGUACA